AUGAAUGCAAUAGUGGAAGCUGUGGCCUUCUUCUUGGGGUUUCUGGGUUGGCUGAUGGUUGGGGUUGCUCUUCCAAAUCGAUACUGGAGGGUCUCUACGGUGGACGGUAAUGUUAUCACCACAUCAACCAUCUAUGAAAAUCUGUGGAUGUCCUGUGCUACCGACUCGACUGGGGUUCACAACUGCAGGGAUUUUCCAUCUUUGCUCGCGCUUAGUGGAUAUAUUCAGGCCUCCCGGGCACUCAUGAUCGCUGCCAUUGUGUUUGGGACGUUCGGGCUUGUGGCCACUCUCAUAGGAAUGCAGUGCUCAAAAAUAGGAGGAGAAAACUACAUCCUGAAGGGGAGGAUUGCUGCAAUCGGAGGGGUAUUCUUCCUCCUACAAGGGAUGUGCACCAUGAUUGCAGUGUCUUGGUAUGCAGCCAACAUCACACAGGAGUUCUUUGACCAGUUUUAUCCAGGGACAAAAUAUGAGAUUGGAGAAGGCUUGUAUAUCGGCUGGUCUUCAGCCACUCUUGCCCUCUGUGGGGGUUCUUGUCUGACGUGUGCUUGCAGAUUCAAAUCCGAAGAUGAAAAACCGCAAUAUCCAUACCAACCAUCGUCCAGAGGACGCGUUCUGUCCACUGUGGCGACAUCUCAGUCUGCCCCGAGCAAUUAUGGAAGAAAUGCCUAUGUCUGA